AACACCCAGGGUCGAGCUACAUCACUUCCAUGCACUUCUGUCUCCGUCGACGAGAACUCCAUUGCAGACUCCCUUAAUUACCUUGGCGUUUCUAGACCCAGUUCUUCCAUAAAAGCUCCAAGCUUCCAGUCAUGGCCUUUUAUACCUGACCGUAAGGGCUCGCCAAGUCGGGGCUCAGUCUCAGAAUUCCACAACGAAAAGGCUCGCAGUGAACAACUAGCUUCAUUGGCAGAUAUCAUAUGUGCACUCAGGUUUCUUCCGAUUAUUAAGAAACUGCUACAUGAUUACUUCGUCUACAUUGGUACCGCACUCGUUCCAAAGACUAUCGUUAACCAGCUUCUGGAGAUGGUUUGUAAUGAUUUGACCAAGUCCGGAUAUAUCAAACAGGAUUCAGAGUCCUGUAUCGGCGUUUAUAAUGUUUCUCAAUUGGCCGAGAGUAUACUAUACUCGACUUCUGUCGAAGUCGCCAUCUCAGCAACUAUGGAUGUCAAGAACUUUUGCGCCAUUUUCUGCGAAGAUAAUCUGCGCGUCGAAACGCUAGGUCUACUAUACACUCUCGCAGCACGUGCAUCUCUUUACAGCUCAACUUACGCCAAGGUUCGAAACGACUCAUUCAUACAAGAGAUGUGUUGGUGUAGUAAUUCGAGCCUACGACUUGCUCGUGAGCUUGCACCACAGACGACAGAUCCCGUUAUAUGGCUGGCUCAUGAAAACUUACAAUUAAUGUCAUUAUUCGAGGGAGAUGCGAGCUUGAAUGUCUGGCGUCGAGUCAGCGACCUUGCCACCGAUCUAUAUGCAUUAGGUCUGAACCGAGAGGCAACAUACUCUUCAGAAAGCAUACCAUUUUUUCUUGCCGAGUGUCGACGAAGGACAUUCGUCAGGGCAUAUUACUUGGAUAAGAUAUUCGCUACGGUCUUCAAUCGCCCUCCGAGGAUCUCAUCUAGGCAUGCGGACUGCAAAUUGCCUCUUGAUAUACCAGACGAUGCACUUUUCACCAUAUCGUCGCCAGAGGUCUUGAGCGAAAUAAAAACAAACUUGACACACGACGGUUGGAAUACAAAUGGAAUCCGCAGCACGGCAACAUGGGCCCGGCUACGCUACAUUUUAGGCGAGUUUCGAGAAGAGACCGCUGAAUAUCAGAUCCGAUCAACGCCAUCAAUAGAUUCCAGCAAGCUCAGGGAUCUCUCCGACCGAUGCCGUCAAACUUGGUGCAGUCUUCCAGCACAUCUAAUGUACGAUCCAAAUUGCUGGACCUCCGAUUUACCCCCUGCAGUCUGCUACCUACAUGGGAAAGUAUACUUGUCCUAUCUUCAUAUUCAUUUUCAGAUAUAUCGAAUGCUUGGCGAGUGUCAUACAUCUACAGUUCCGGAGUUACUAGAAGUGUCUGCAAACAUGCUGGAAACAGUCAUGUUGAUGGCGAACUCGUUGAAUCGCGGCAACUGCCAGUCCUCACCACGCGAUCUCCCUGAAAUUUUUCUCAUAUACGGAUUACCAUCCGCAAUCGUUCUGACGACAGCAUUGGAAACGAACAUCCGAGAUCCCGCACAACCACUUCCACCCAACAUCAAAUCUUCCUCCGUGAUCCGAAAUAUUUCUGUUCUGGUGUCUCAACUUGAGAAUGUAUCUAGUCCUGAUGAAACGAAUCAUGGCUUCUGUGUACAGGCCUCAAAGGCCAUUGCUCGCAAGCUGGAUACUAUCCUAGACACCUCGACAACGUUUGCCCCAAGAGCCGAUAUUAUCACUGGCUCUGGAAGGGGGUCUGAAUUGACCACGCUUCAAGAGCGAGACUAUUCUGAUUCAGAAAAUCAUAUAGUCGACUUUUCCGAGCUCGAUCAUCUCGAUUUCUCAGCUUGGGUUAUCGACCUCGAUUUGGUGACCGAUGAUGGAGUCUGGGAUACUGUCUAG